UGUUGGGUGGGGCCAAUACGUCAUGCGUGCACACACAUACCACAUUCAUACCGUGUGACAGAUGGCAAGGUCCGGACACCUGCAAGAAAUCUAGAACUUUCUUUCGGAAUCGGUGGCAGAAGUUAAGGGAGAAUAUUGUUGGCCAAACUAUGGCUAACUUUGGAGGACACGCCAUCCCCGGCUCUUUCUUCUUGCUCUUUGGAUUUUGGCUGACGGUGAAACACACUCUCCGGCACUACUGGAGGACAACUCAUCCCAAAAGCAGAGCUGCUUUGCCUCCUUUCUUUAAACGGAUGGACUACAUUGAAGGAAGCGUCCAAAUCUUUGCCUCAUUCGUUGGCAUCAUGGUGGAGCAAUUUGUGGUGGAUGGACCGCAUGCUCAUCUUUACAACACGCAGAACGAUUCAUGGGUUAAGCUGAUGAACUGGCAGCACAGCACCAUGUAUCUCUUUUUUGGCAUUUGUGGAAUAGCGUUGGUUGUGAGCACUAAGUCCAAACUGGUGCCUGUUGGUGUGGACCGCUUUUCCCUCUCUUUGGCUCUUUUUGUAGAAGGCUUUCUGUUCUACUACCAUGUGCACAGUCGCCCCCAACUGGACGCUCACAUCCACUCCCUGCUCCUGGUGGCGGUGUUCAGUGGGUCAGCCAGCACCAUGAUGGAGGUGUUCAUGAGAGACCACAUUAUUCUGGAGCUGCUGAGAGCCCUCUUGUUCAUCCUGCAGGGUUCAUGGUUCUACCAGAUUGGUUUUGUACUCUACCCACCCAGUGGACCAAAGUGGGAUUUGACUUCGCAUAACAACGUCAUGUUUGUCACAAUGUGCUUCUGCUGGCAUUUGGCUGUGGCCAUGUUGGUCGUCACCUGCACCUCUGCUGCCGUUUGGAUCACCAUGAGGAGAUUCUCCAAAGGACGACAAGACAUUGAGAUAGUGCUGCGAAAUACGUCACACAACAGAAGUUCAGAGAAAGCUUUACUUGAAGAGUCAGAGGAGGAAUAAUGACUGAAAAUGUAGUUUUGUCAUGUUCAAAAUUAUUAUUAUCACAGUAUAACUAAAAAUCUGACUGAUAUGAGAAACCUUGAGUUGAAAUCUCAUCUUAAUAUGGUCCAAAAUGCAUACAUGCAAACACCUAAGACGUAAGGAAUAGACAUACAUCUUAUACAGAGUGAAGGUGUGAGCUUUAAGCAGCGAUAUUGUUUAUAAUUCAACAUUCUGCUGUAAUAAGUAAAUUAAAUGUACUUUCAUUGAAGGUAAUGUCUGACACUGAUAACGAAUAACUACAUACAGAAAUGUUACAGGAACACAAAUAACUACUAACUAAUAGUUAACUGAAGAUGGCUUGCUGAAAUCAUUGAGGUGGUGCAGGUGGAAGAUCAGGCGGACAUUUUAGUGAUGGAGCCGUUGUGACGACGACUGUGGAGACAGAUUUAGGGGAAGCCGUUGCCAUGUGUUGCUGAAGCUGUUGGGCCUGAACUGUCUGGAUGCGAACCUGAAUGGGAGAGAGUUGUGAAGGCAAGGUGUCCGCAAAAUCACAUGACUGAUUAUUCAUGAUAUUCAUGCAGUGGGUUUGCAUUGAAGCCAACCUGCGUGGCCUGUCCUUGCUGCUGUAGCUGCUGGAACUGCUGUGCCGUGACAAAGCUAACUGGUUUGUUCCCAGCGAUCAGCUUGGCGCCUGCAGGCAUGGUGGUCAGUAUGAUGUUCCUCCCCAAGCUGCUGAUACUGCAUGGAUAACACAAGAAGAUGUAAGUGUGCACCACUAACAGGAAAAAAUGGUCCCAAUAUGUUAAA